CCCGGGCGAGCGGGGCUCCGGCGGCGGCGUUUGAGCCUCGGCGCGGCCCGUAGGCGGGACUCCUCACUCGGCCUCAACAUGGCGGCGGCGCUGCGCGGGGGGCGGGAAGUUUCCGGGACGCCUGUUGAGGACUUCAGUGAUUCUGGACCACUGUUACUGAAAUGAUAUUACAGAAGGCAGCGAUUGCAUUGUCUUUGUUGGAUGAAACCCAAAUAUUUACUUUCAGUCAAGUGGGCGAAACCCCCUAACCGCAGUUUACAUGUGUAGGUCACUGCGUUACUGUGUUAGUCAUUGUCUGUAUGCAGCAAUGACAAGGCUAGAAGAAGCAAACAGAGAAGUGAACAUGCACUCAUCAGUCAGAUACCUUGGCUAUCUUGCCAGAAUCAACCUGUUGGUUGCCAUCUGCAUGGGCCUUUAUGUCAGAUGGGAAAAAACUGCAGAUGCACUGAUCUUGGUAAUAUUUAUUCUUGGGCUCUUUGUUCUUGGAAUUGCCAGCAUACUGUACUACUAUUUUUCAAUGGAAACAGCAAGUUUGAGUCUCUCCAAUCUUUGGUUUGGUUUUUUGCUUGGACUUCUCUGUUUUCUUAAUAAUUCUGCCUUCAAAACGGAUGUCAAAGAAGAAGCUACUAAAUAUUUGCUCCUCUCCGCCAUUGUUUUAAGGAUAUUAUGUGCUUUGGUUGAGAGGAUUUGCGGUUGUAUCCAUCAUCGACCAACUCUGCUGACAACAGUUGAAUUUUUGGAGCUAGUUGGAUUUGCAAUUGCCAGCACAACUAUGCUGGUAGAAAAAUCUGUGAGUAUUAUUCUGUUGGUCAUGGCUUUGGCCAUGUUGAUUAUUGACUUACGUAUGAAGUCUUUUUUGGCAAUUCCAAAUUUGGCAAUUUUUGGAGCCAUUGCAUCCUUACUCUUUUUUCCAUCACUGCAAAUCCCCACAAACCCUUUUGCCUUGGCAUGUUUCUUCAGCUGCCUGAUUUCAGAUCCCCUUCUCGACGUUUACUUCAGUGGACUUUCAGUUACUGAACGAUGGAAGCCCUACUUGUACCGUGGUAAAAUUUGCAGAAGGCUUUCUGUCAUCUCAGUUGGAGUCAUUGAACUAAUCUUUUUCAUUCUUGCAGCCUUUAAACUACGUGAUUUGGAUCUCUGGUAUUUUGUGAUACCUGGUUUUUCUAUUUUUGGUAUUUUCUGGAUGAUCUGUCAUGUGAUUUUUUUUAUAACUCUUUGGGGAUUUCACACAAAACUAAAUGACUGUCACAAGGUAUAUUAUACCCACCGUGCAGAAAACAACAGCCUUGACAGAGUUAUGGCAUCUAAAGGAAUGCGUCACUUCUGUUUAAUUUCAGAACAGCUAGUAUUUUUCAGCCUUGUCGCGACUGCUGUUUUGGGGGCCGUUUCUUGGCAGCCAACCAAUGGGAUCUUCAUGAGUGCAUUUCUCAUCGUUUUACCUCUGGAGUCCAUGGCUCAUGGGCUUUUCCAUGAGCUGGGAAACUGCUUGGGAGGAACGUGUGUUGGGUAUGCUGUUGUGAUUCCCACCAAUUUUUGCAGUCCUGAUGGCCAACCAACUCUUCUUCCACCUGAGCACGUGCAAGAGUUAAAUCUGAGGUCUACUGGUAUGCUUAAUGCCAUCCAAAGAUUUUUUGCGUAUCACAUGAUUGAGACAUAUGGUUGUGACUACUCUACAAGCGGACUGACCUUUGAUACCCUUCACUCCAAGAUCAAGUCUUUUCUUGAACUUCGGACAGCAGAUGGACCCAGACAUGAUACCUACAUUUUAUAUUACAGUGGCCACUCACAUGGCACUGGCGAAUGGGCACUGGCAGGGGGCGAUGCUUUACGACUUGACACACUGUUGGAGUGGUGGAGAGAAAAGAACGGUACUUUUUGUUCUCGGCUCAUCAUCGUUUUAGACUGUGAGAACUCUCAGCCUUGGGUUAAAGAAGUAAGAAAAGUAAAUGACCAGUAUGUUGCCGUGCAAGGAGCAGAAAUGGCCAGAGUUGUAGACAUCGAGGAAGCAGACCCUCCACAGCUUGGUGACUUCACCAGGCAAUGGGUUGAGUACAACUGUAACCCUGACAGCAACAUCAGCUGGUCUGAAAAGGGACGUACAGUGAAAGCGGUGUAUGGUGUGUCGAAACACUGGAGCGACUACACUUUGCAUUUGCCAACAGGAAGCGAUGUGGCCAAACACUGGAUGAUAUACUUCCCACGCAUCACCUACCCAUUAGUACAUUUGGCAAACUGGUUUUGUGGUCUCAAUCUGUUCUGGGUCUGUAAAGCGUGCUUUAGGUGCUUGAAAAGACUGAAAAUGAGUUGGUUUCUUCCCACAGUGCUGGACACAGGACAGGGUUUCAAACUCGUCAAAUCCUAAUUAGCAACCAAAGAGAAAAUGAAGUGAGAGCUCUGGGAACUUUCUCACUGUACCCUACUUACAACUUUUUAUAUGACUAUUUUUCUCUGAAAAAGUCUGCUACACUCACUUUAUUCAGCUCUUUGAGCAGCUACAGUAUAUGCAACAGUUAGAAACUGCAAUCUUAAACAGAAGAGGGUAGGACUAUGAUAUUUGAGUUUUGUUACUGCUCUGUAUGUACAUAUGUAAGAGACUUAUUUAAUAUGACCAUGCAUUUUGGAGACAGUUCGCAUGUUCAUACGCGUUACGUAAAGCAGCCUUUGUUCAGAGUCACCAGUCUGAUGGACAGCAGCUCCUGCAAAUGUUACAGCAUGCUUGUGAUUUAUAUCCACUGUAAGGUUCAAAUACAGGAAAGGAACCAAGCUAAUAUUCAAAUCAAUUUAUAUGUCCUUGAAAUUAUAUGCUGGGGUCAAGGGUAUUAUAAAACAGCACUGAGCCAAAAAAAUAGAAGAAUGAAUAGCCAUUCUAGGUAAGUAGCUACUGAGAAUCUUUAGUUUCAUUUGCUUUUACAUCUUCAGUCCCUGCCUCAGUUCUCUACUGCCAUCAAUGGAAACUGGCCACAGAAAACAAGGAAAUCAGACAACCCUCUAAUGUUCUGAUGCUGCUCAGUCAAUGUUUUCUGAAGUGCAGUUUGAAAAACUUUCAGUGUUAAUUUCAAAAUUCAGUAUCUUGCUGGUGAUCUUUUUUAAUUAGUUAAUUCAUAUAUGGAAUAAGAAUAAAAAGUGCACUGAGAAUUUUUCCAUCACCUAUUAGGGUAGUUCUGUCUUUUCCAGGCUCUAACUAGUUUGUAUUUUGAAAAGCUACCCUGAAGAAAAAAAAAAAAAACAACCCAAGGAAUUUAACAAAGAAAAUAAUCCAUAGAUAAAAAAUGGAAGUACAAGUGUCGCCUUGCUUCCAUGUUUAUCUGAAGUCUUUGCUGUGCAUAAGACCUUGAUUCUGUAAAAUGCCAAGUACAGGAUUGGACCGAUGAGUUCAUUAUCUAUUAAAACCAUGAGCAAAGCUUGUCAGAAAGAAUGGAUUAUUCCUGUAGGACAGAAGUGAAUCCUGAGUAUUCCUCACCUCUGUUCUCUCAGCCACAAGGUCCUCAUCUUAAUCCUUCCACUUACAGAGCUGGAUGGGACUCUAGAAAUCCUGUCGUGGCCUUUCCUCUUCGGUCAGAGAAGCUGCAUAGCUUUCUGAUCUCAUUUUCUCAAGGACAGAAAAUAAGGAGUGAAAGAACUAAGCGGCUAAGACAGUACAGUUUGUGGUGGGUUUCUUGCAUAUGUGUGUGCAAUCCAGUAGACCUAGAGUUUACUUUUUUAUGUUUCCAUCAGUAUUUUAAUAAAAAUGUUAGGCAUUAGCUGAUACUUGUCUAAAAUAUAAGUUAUUAAUUUUUUUUUUUUAUUUAAAGACAUGAAAAUACUUUAGGAGCUCUUUAAGUCUUUGCCAUCAAGGCUUUUUCUAAUUCCAAUUCCAACUGAACUUUUUAGCCAGCUAAGUUAGAGAAUCUGCUAACACCAAUACCUGUUAGUAACUCCUGAAAAUAAAAUGUGUGAUUAAAUUAUGAGAUCUGCAAUAGCCAGAGUAAUUUGCACCCACCAACUUCAAAAUGGUGAUUUUGUAGGAUUUACAAGUGACAGCCAUUAAGUUUCUUCAUUAGUGUGUAUUACACAACUUUGUUUAGCAAGACAUCACCCCCCACCCCACUUUGCCUCUCUCUAUCCCCUUCAAUAAAGUGAAGAGGGGAUAAAGAAAUGAGAGGUGAGAUGAGGUAUCCUAACAAAACUCAGUUCCAUUGGGUCUUCUCUAAGUAAAUGCUGUGAUGGCAGCUGUGUCACAGAUUCGAGAGGUGGCUGUUCUCAGUAAGGAGAGAGGGUAAUCGUACCAUCUAACUUCAGGUAUCCAACUUAAGUUCCUAACGUGGGAGCCUGAGGUAGGAGUCAUCUCAUUUCAAUUCAGAUAUCUGAAAGCUAGACAUCUGAGUCUGUGCUAGUGACCUGAAGUGCUCCAGUGCUCAUUAACAAAGAGAAAUAAGUAUUUCCAGAAGAAUACUCAUUUGAUCUCUAUUUUAGGAUGAAUUUUCCUGUGACUGUGUCUAUUAGAUUUGUUUGGGUUUUGCUUUCAUAAGCCAAAGGUCAAGCAGACAAAUCCCUUCUGUCUGUCGAAUGACCUUAGAGCUCUUCUGUUCUAAGUCAUCCUCUGGAGCCUGGGCUGGGUACAUAAGCUCCUCGUUCAAGCACAUAAAUUGGAUACUUGAAGUUAGGCCGAACAAGCAUGUGUCAGGUUGCAGAAAAGCAGCACUACCUCCUUUGCAGAAGUCAUUUUCAGCCAUUUCUGGUCAACAACCCUUGACUACAGAGAAAAAAGAUUGCAUAAAGGCAAUCAUUUGGUUUGUAAAAUCACCAUUAUUUUGACUGCUGUUUCAGUAAAAGUUCAUCUCAUUGCACCAUAAGCUGUUCCAACUUGAGCACUAGAAAUUUUUAACAAAGUCCUCGUAAAGCAACACCGUAAUACCUGAUAGUCACCCUGGGAACAUUUGAAAGUCAAGAAGUUAGUCCUUUCUGUUUUGGAAAAGCUUUGAAUAUCAACCAUAACACUUCCCACUAAUUACAAUAGGUAAAUCUUACUCUGUACCUGCUACUGUUAACAUUUUUACAGACCUCAUCUGUAUCUUUCUUUUUGUACAUCAAGGGGAACAGGAAGAGUGUGGGACUCCGGACCUGUCCUGGGACUGUGAGCAGUAUCUGCUCUGCAGUGCGGUGAUGGGCCUAGCUUUGGGCAGAACAAACGCAACAGUUGGUGCUGAUCUUUUGCCUGUUUUUUAAAUGGUUUCCAUCUUACUUAUCAACUGUUAGGUUUUCUUUAGGAUAGACUGGGUGAUCAUGAGCAGUUUGCUGAAAGUUAGAUAAAGAGUCAGCUAAAAAUAUAGCAAAAAGAUUAUUUGCAAAACUAAUCAUGUGUUUCAGUUUUGUUUCAGUUUUCUCAAUUAAAGAACUCUAGUUUUCUGAAUUUAAAAUAGUUUUAACAUGAGCUAAGGUAUUCCUACUUUUGAUUUUGUUGUUUUUUUUAAACAGCAAAGGUAUGGUGAAAAUCUGAUUUAAACUAAAAGAAUGUUUACAGCCAUUCAAACUAUGAGGCCUUUUUGGACAGAGACUGUCUUGUGUGUUUCGAAACACAAGAAAACCAGGGCUGCGGGGUGAUGAGCCUCAGAAAUUCAACAGCAUUAAUUCUCCACUUCUACACUGACAAAUAUCAAGGGGUCCUACUGUGACCCACAUUCCCAUUGGAAUUUUUCUCCAGCUCCUGGCGCUCAUGCACCUCCACGAGUCUCUGCCCAGCCCCGGGUGCGUGCCUGAGGGACAACGCACCAGGAGCUCCUAAUCCCCGUGAGGAGUUACCCCUCUGCUGUUCCCUGUAUGAAAUACUGGGGCAACGCCUGAAAGAGAAAUUUAAAUCUAAUUCCAAAGAAUGUUACAUAUGCUAUCAGUUAUGUACAAGUUGUUUUUCUUUAACAGGAACAUGCUUACAAAUUGUCUGGAUGGAGAAAAUCUAAACUUUUUUUUUUUUAGAGGCUUGUCUCUGUACUGUAUAUUCAGACAUUUUGUUACAAAAGGUUGUUAUAAAUUUAUAUCACAGUAGUAAUUUUAUAUUGACUGUGUUUCAUUUACCUCCUGUAUAGUAUCAGCCUUGCUGAAACAUGCAAAUGCACUAAAUUCUACAAAUUUAAGUCUUUAAAAGGAAUUCGAAUUGCAAAUUCACAGUAGUAUUUUUCUCUGAACAAGCAUUGGGGAAAAAAGCCAUUCUUCUUCAUUUUUGCACUACCAGAGUUACAUAUUUGCAGUUCCUUAUGCUUUGUAUGCCUUGUUAUUGUUGUUGUCCAGCCUUCAGUUCAAGUUUUUCCCAGAAAAUAUUUCUUCACCUAUAUUGUUUUCCCUUUAUUUUACAAAGGCAUAAUUAAUGCUAUGCUAGCUGUAAAGCAUCUCUGUUGCCAGCAGUAGACAAUGUAACUGGGGUAAUUUUCUUGUUUAUAAAUACCUUUCUGUGGGAGGAUUUUUACUGGAUGUACUGAUUUUAGAUCUGUAAAUAGAUUUUGUGUGUGUGUGUAUUUGUGAUAUUACUUAAAUAUAUUUUGCUGGUUUGGAUGCUCA